AGAAUCCACAUUUUACCUGACUUGAAAAAAUGGAGAGAAAUACACACCAAAAAAUGAGGAGGCGUACCUCUAAUCCAUGCAAGAGACCGACACAUGAAGAUCUCUGCAAUUUGCUCAAGAAACUUCAGAAAAUGAUGGAUAGACUUGGAUAUGGACCAUCUAGAGAGAGACCUAGAGCAUUUCCCACAAGAUAUAAUAAGUCUGCUAUUGCCUCUGGAUCUUCUCAAAGAGGAACAUUAAGUGUACAAGCAAGUUAUGAAUAUAACGAAGUUCCUGUUUUUAAUACCUAUGAGGAAUACCAUAAGAUGGCUCUUCAGUCUUUGGAAAAUAUUUUGAUUGUACUGAACAUACAUGGAAAAGUUGUUUUUGUAUCCCAGAAUGUGUCACCUCUUCUUGGCUACUGUCCAGAAGAUAUUAUGGGGAAGAGUCUAUUAAAUUUUGUUCUUGAUGAGCAAAAGGAUGAAGUAUCUGAGAAGAUCAUUUUUAAUCUUCCAUUGACAGCCCUAGUGGGAAGUCUAAUCGAAUUUUGCUGUUAUAUAAAAAAAGAAAAUGUAGGUCAGAGUGGCCAUGGCAGACAUCGUUAUAGAGCCAAGUACCAGGGGAGAGAAAUAUAUGAGUAUGUGAAAUUCAUCUUGUACCUACAGGAUUCUUAUGAUGAGUCAUUCAUGUUUUUCCGGAAUUGUGGUCAUAACAGCAGAAACAUUCAGUCUUCUACUUCAAGGCUGUUAUGGGAGCAACAGUACUAUCUUGUAGGAAAUAUUUCUGUUCUUCGUACACCGGAUGAGUCAGCACAUCCUAUUAAGAUUCAAACAAAUGUUAUAGCUGUUGAAUCGAAUCCUAUACGACAACGCAGGCUUCUAAAACGACGCCAAAGAAGUGAAAUGCAAAGACGUACUCAGGCUCAGGCUGAAUUUGCGAAUGUGGAGGAACAUCCUCUAAAACGACGCCAAAGAAGUGAAAUGCAAAGACAUGCUCAGGCUCAGACUGAAGUUGUGAAUGUGGAGGAAUGUCCUGAAUCAGGCACAGAAGUCAGGCCACUGUCUCACUCAAGCAUAAGCACAGACGGAAGUGCAAGCACAAGUAUAAGCCCCUGUGUGAGGACAAGUUCAAGUACUCCAUCUACAGAUACUACAACAUCUACAGAUAUUACAACUACACCAGCAGCAACCCCUACAUCUGGACAGGGGUAUGUGAUAGAGCCAAAAAACAUGCUCGAGCCCCAGGACAUGGAAUUUGAAGUGGGUCCAGAAUUCCUCCUUAUUGACAGCCAAGAAGAAGAGGCCUCUCUAGAACAAGGAGAAUUCACUGAAGAGGAUGUGAAGAAACCCUUGGAAGAGACAAAGGUCUGCACUAUUAAAGAAAAUGUAAUUGAUGAAGAUUCUGCACGUCAGGAUGCUUCUUCAGACGAUGAUGAUGACAGCUGUAUAAUAAUAGAAGAUACUGAAGAGAAGAAUGACCCGAAGAUCCAAGAAGCCAUUAAGGUCCAAGAACAAGAAGAUCAAAAGGCACCUGAGGCUGUCCCAUUAUGUCCAACCACACCAUUGCGGGCUGUGCGCCCAGAGGCUGUGGUGGAACCCAUACCAAGGAGAACAUAUCAAUUCCAUCGUCCACUUUUGGGGGAAAGGUUUGCUCAACUCAGUGGCCCACGAGUAAUGACACAGGUGUAUGAUCUGAGUAUCAGCCGAUCCUUCCACGAUGAGCUGCCUUCUUACAUAGAUAUCGAAGAGGAGGACCGAGAGCAAGAACAAUGUGAAUAUGAGUUGGCCCAACGUAUUGAGUUGCUUCGAAACUUACCAUAUGAACGGCCGGGGCAGCAACAAACUGGGCAAGGACAAGGACCUCGUGUAUAUCGUCCACGAGAGCAGGUGGUGACUGUUAUUGAUGACGUGGGGCCACGCGCCAUGAAUUUUUUUGGAAAUAACUCUGAGCGUUCACAAAAUGAGAUGCAUAGACAUUGGGAGGAUCCUGUUGAUCAUGCUCCUCCAGUUCUGCAUCACUCAUCAAGAUCAUGCCAAGAAAUGGCAGCAUCACAUCAAACAUUGACAGCAUCAUGCCAAGCAUCAUGCCAAGUAUCUUUCCCAUCAUGCCAAGCAUCUUUACCAUCAUACCAAGCAUCUUUACCAUCAUACCAAGCAUCUUUACCAUCAUGUCAAGUAUCUUUACCGUCAUGUCAAGUAUCUUUACCGUCACGUCAAAUAUCUUUACCGUCAUGCCAAGCAUCUUUACCAUCAUACCAAGCAUCUGCAGUAUCACAUCAAGCAUCUGCAGUAACACGUCAACCAUCGACAACUUCACAUCAAGUAUCAGUGUCACAAGUAUCAGCAGCAGCAUGCCACCCAUCAGCAAUGCCACGUAAUGCCUCUUCUGACCACGGAAGAGAGAACAGGCCACGCUUUCUUCCCCCUGGACAAGAUCACAUUGGCUACUUUCAGGCUGAAGAGGACACCAAUCCUCGCCCAUGAGGGGAAGAUGAGGCUUAAGACAGACCUCCAUGGUCUGUGUGGGAAAGGGACAUACAAAAUGGUCAGAGUCCCUUUGGGAGAGGGUGGGUGGGUUAUAUUCCGUUACUUGUAAAUUAAGGUUGUGGUUAUUCUCAAGCAUAGUUUGUGGAAAUAGUGCUGCAGAAGUAGACUGUUACAUCCAACUUGGUGUGUGAUAGAUAACAAGUAUUCCCUGGCCCUGCUUGCCAAAUACCACUUUGUGUAUAUGCAUAUGUGCUUUCAUUGUGGCAAGCUGACUUUAGUGGGCAGAAUGCCAGGGCCCUAUAUAUUUUCUUGACAAUGUUAAAAAUACUACAAAACUGUACAAUGCAUGGGGGAAAAGCUGUUCUAUCAUGCCCUUCCCCCAAAUUCUGGGCCCUUGUUUUUUGAUUUAUUUCUACCUCUCUUCUGUAGCUCCGUGAUACUUCAUACCCUAUGUUAAAUGGGUAUCCAAUUGUGAGAAACUAAUAUCUGUUCAAAAUAGUGUACAUCUUUACUUAAUAAAAACUAUG